UGUUUUGUUUUCAGCCGCACGCAACCUACAAUGGGCUCUCGUGAUGAUGAAUACGACUACUUAUUCAAGGUGGUAUUGAUUGGCGAUUCUGGAGUGGGAAAAUCGAACCUGCUGUCACGGUUCACAAGAAAUGAAUUCAACCUCGAGUCAAAGUCUACAAUAGGAGUAGAGUUCGCCACUCGCAGUAUUCAGGUGGAAGGUAAAACAGUCAAGGCACAAAUUUGGGAUACUGCUGGUCAAGAAAGAUACAGAGCAAUUACUUCAGCUUAUUAUCGUGGUGCUGUUGGAGCACUGUUAGUGUAUGAUAUCGCUAAACACGUGACAUAUGAAAAUGUGGAACGUUGGUUGAAAGAACUUCGUGAUCAUGCCGAUCAAAACAUUGUUAUCAUGCUGGUUGGCAAUAAGAGCGACCUUCGCCAUCUCAGAGCUGUACCUACAGAUGAAGCGAAAAUUUAUGCGGAGAAGAAUCAGUUAUCUUUCAUAGAAACAUCUGCCCUCGACAGCACGAACGUAGAGGCGGCAUUCACGAAUAUUCUUACUGAGAUCUACAAAAGCGUGUCCAAUAAGCAUGUUGGCUCGGAUCGCAUGGUGCCACUGCCAUCGUCAGGAGUCGACAUCACUUCAUCAACCAACGAAAACCAGAAGAAACAGUGCUCUGUGUCCAAGAAUCCGCGCACGCAAAUCCCCAAUCUGCUUUUCAUGGCCCAUUGUUUGGUGUUCGAGAGGACGGGAACCAGCAGUUCGUGCAUAUUAUUGUAG